AUGCCGGGCACUGCGAAUAAGCGUGCGAACCGCCAGCGGUUCCAGGAGACCAAGGGUCAAGAUGGCCUCGCCAGGUUGCCCCGCAAGCGCUUCUAUCGCCAGCGAGCCCACGCGAACCCUUUCUCAGAUCACACGCUGGAAUACCCAGUAUCACCAGCGGCCAUGGACUGGUCCAGCUACUACCCGGCAUUCGUCAGUGAAGACCAACCCGACGACUCAUCGCAACCGCGGCGGAUGAAGCAGGAUGUCGAGAUUGUCGACAUUGGUUGCGGCUUCGGCGGCUUGCUCGUCGCUCUUGCUCCUCUCAUGCCGGAGAAGCUGAUGCUCGGCCUCGAAAUCCGGACAAGCGUCACUAGUUUCGUCCAGGAUCGGAUAUGGGCGCUCCGAGAGCAAAACGCCGCCGCGCGGCUAUACCAAAAUGCGGCGUGUCUGCGCGCCAACUCGAUGAAGUUUCUGCCCAACUUCUUCAAAAAGGGGCAACUGUCCAAGAUCUUCAUCUGCUUCCCGGACCCGCACUUCAAGGCGCGCAAACACAAGGCGCGAAUCGUCUCGACGACGCUCAACUCGGAGUACGCCUUUGCGCUGCGGCCCGGCGGCAUCGUGUACACCAUCACCGACGUGGAGGCGCUGCACGAGUGGAUGGUGCGUCACUUUGACGCGCAUCCGUCGUUUGAGCGCGUGCCCGAGGAGGAGGAGCGGGAGGACGAGUGCGUGCGAGUAAUGAUGAGCGAGACGGAGGAGGGGAAGAAGGUGGAGAGGAACAAGGGGCAGAAGUUCGUGGCUCUGUUUCGGCGAUUGGAGGAUCCGCCGUGGUAG